GAGCUUUAUAGCGUGAACUUAUGUAUAAUAUACCUAAUAUUAUGAUCCGACCAGAAUUAGAGACCAUCGAUUUGAAUAGGUAUACAAAUUAUGGUUAUAAAAUAAAUUCUAGUCGGUGAAUAUUCAUUUGAUUGCAUCUCAUCGUCAUGCAAUCCUUAGUAAUUUAAUAAUCAUCAGUAAAACGUUAUUUAUCCUCAUUCAUUCAUGGCGCGGGAAAAUAACUGUAGCAUAUUUUAUCAUUGAUUCUUACUUUCAUAAAACAAUAUUUUCUUUCAUUUAUCCUCUACAUAUGAAUGAAAUUGUUUUGAUACCUGCCAUCUAUUGUGAACAUAAUUAAAAAAAAACUAUCUUAUAAUCUACUAAUAGGAAAUUAUUUUAAUCGUCUUUUCUUUUGUUUAAUUAAUUCCCAACAGUGAUUCGUCUUUUUGCUUGGUUUAUACGAAAGCGGAAGGUUUGAUGAAGUUGAUUUACCUCAAUGUACCGUAUGCUAUAUAUAAAAACCGGAGGCCAAAGCCUCAUGAUCAUUUGGUUGUGGCUUUCGACGCGGGCCAUUAUACAGUGUUACUUAAUACAAGCCGACUGUUAUAAGCGCGGGACGAUAAUAGAAAAAAAUAUGGUGUACAAUGAGCUCUUACGAACGUGUUACGCUUUCUUUGUUGUGGUCUUAUUCUUAUGUUACAACGUUAGAUGUGAAUUGCAUCCAGUGGUAAAUACACCGCUUGGUCAGAUACGCGGUUAUCAUAUGAAAACACGAUCGGGCAAGACUAUUUCUGCGUUUACGUCUAUACCAUUUGCUUUGCCACCUCUUGGAAAUUUAAGAUUUAAGGCACCUGUACCUAUCGAGCCAUGGUCGAAAGAAUUGGAUGCGACCAAGGCGAUACCACUAUGUAUUCAAAGAAAUCCCUAUAUACGACAAAAAGAGAUUGUGGGCCAAGAAGAUUGCUUGUAUCUUAACGUUUACACACCAUUCACGAGUAAUGAUUUGUUGGAAAUUAGCAAGCCGUUGCCGGUAAUGCUGUUCCUCCACGGUGGAGGUUGGAUGUGUGGAGACUCUAGCACCACAAUGUACGGCCCCGAGCUUCUUCUAGAUCACGAUGUCAUUCUUGUAACCACAAACUAUAGAUUGGGUCCACUUGGCUUCCUUUCCACCAGAGACGAGCAUUGUCCUGGUAACAAUGGUUUGAAAGAUCAGCAAGAAGCAUUGCGAUUCAUUCAAAAGACGAUAGAGAGUUUCGGUGGUAAUAAAAGCUCUGUAACGAUAUUCGGAGAGAGUGCUGGCGGUGCAAGUGCACACUAUCACAUGCUGUCGAAAACCAGUGCUGGCCUAUAUCACAGAGCGAUAUCUGAAUCGGGAACGGCUAUGGUCCCCUGGGCGGAGCAAGCUCCCGGAGAGGCAGAACGAAAUGCCUACCUUCUCGGUGAAUUCGUGGGAUGCCAAAGUGAUGAUUCGAAUUCUCUUAUCGAGUGUCUCCGGAUUAAAGACAGCUACGAUUUAAUAAAUACGGAAUACCGGUUUUAUGAAUGGGACUAUGAGCCUAUGACACCGUUCAAAGCCGUGGUUGAGCCCGACCUGCCAGGGGCUUUCUUAACCAAACAAGUCCGGGACAUAAAGGAUGAAAUCUAUCCCGUACCUUGGCUAACAGGUUUAACUGACAGCGAAGGUUGUUUGAAAUCAGUGUGGAUAACAUCAAAUGAAACUAGAUUCCAAGAGUUUAUGAAUAAGUUUUCUACAAUAGCACCUGUCACCUUUUAUUACAAUUCGGUAUCAAAGAAAGAAAGAAUAACGAAAAUGAUCAGAGACACCUAUCUCAAUGAUCCUGAUGUUGCUGCCAUUAAGCAGGGUAUAUUAGAUAUCUACACCGACUCUUAUUUUGCUUACCCAAUGGUGGAGGCUGUAGAAGACGUCCUCAAACACGGAAAGUCGCCGGUGUACCUCUAUGAGCUGACGUAUAGAGCCGUUAAUAGUUUCUCACAAAUAUUCGGAGAUCCCGAAGGAAAUUACGGUGUGUGCCAUGCUGAUGAGCUGAUGCACCUCUUCCCAAUACAUUUCCUGUCAAAACCGUUUUCUGAGAAAGACAAUGAAGUUGGUAGAGUUAUAAGAACAAUGUGGACUAACUUCGCCAAGAGUGGAAAUCCCAAUAAACCAGUGGCUGUAUCAGCCAAAUGGAAUACAGCGUCCAAAGAUUUUGAUUACAUGGAUAUUGGUAGGGAGUUGACUAUGAAGAAGAAUUUGGCAUCACGUUCACGAGUUUGGGGUUCCAUGCCACUAUGGUUCAAUAAACACAUAUCUAAGGAUGAGUUGUAAUACACACAUUGAGAAUUUGUAAGAGAAUUUGUAGUGUUUAUUUGAAUUGACUUUUAAGGUAUGACCUAUAAAAGAAACAUAACAAAAUCAGUAUUAAACUAUUCCUGCUCAUAUUUAUGUCAUUAUUUCACAAUAGAGCUAUUACAAUCUGUGUAUUUAGAUUACUAAUUAAUCUAGAGCUGUAUUAAUGAGUAGGUUGUUACAGUGGGAGUUGUUUAAUAAAUAAUUACGUUAUUUUUUUGUAUUUUUUCUGUCUACGUUGUACUCCAAUUGAAAAUAAAAACUUUUUAGACACUGGAGAGCAAAUUAAUCGGGUCACUUGCUACCUCGGAACUCUGAUUUGAUGUUAUGUAAGUUUAUAUAGUUUUUACGGCAAAACUACAUCUGCCGGGUUUUCUAGUCUGCUAUAAAAAGUGACUUAAUUGUAUACUAUAAACAGACUCCUCGGAGAAGCGUUGUUACGAAGAGGUCGUUUUCCUAAUGUGUUAAUCGGUAGUAAGAAAAUAGCAAGAAAACACACGUCUGAGAAAAUUAUGGACAUAAACUAAAGAAAUGAUGAGAAGUAUCAGACUUUUUAAUUUUAUAAUAAAAAAGAACAUUAAUCGCAACUACUCAAAAUUAGCAAAUCGUUAUCAUUGUGUCUCUUGCUUGAUUACACAGUAAGUUGACAGUACUUUAGAAUAAAAAAAUAUUAUUUUUAAUCAUCAUGACACGCACUUUCUGCAGGUAUAAAUUUGAUAAUUGUAAGUUGUAUACUUUUUGAGAAAAUCGAAUCAGAGUUCCAAGAUACUAGCGGGUGACUGGGUUUCUUUGCGGUCGAUUGUUUCUACGCAAAAAAGACAACCUUUUCUUGACUUUAUAAACCUUUUAACAUCAAAAAAUAGUUUAAAAGCAUGAGAUCAAUAAUACACUCCUGAAUCUAAUGUAGAAUGACAAAUAUUUUUCAUGUUAGCACCCGUCCACCAAUAGUUGAAGUUAUCGUAAAUCGUUGUAGAUUUCAUUAAAUGUUCGUCAUUUAACAUCGCGCAAAAAUUACAGUAGUCAUCAGUCUGUGGACUCUCGUGACGGAAAUGAUAAGAAUAAUAAUUCUUCCAUCGGAAAAACUUGUGAUACAAUGUAGGACUUCUUAUGAUCUGAUAUAUUUUCAUGGCAAGUUUCGCUGGCUUCAAUUCUGCAGCAUUCAUAUAACUACCAUCAGGCAGGAACCUGAAAUUUAAAAAGCAAGUCUAGCAUGGGUAAUUUGGAAGUAUCAAAUAGCGACAAGGUAUAUAAGUGACUGUAUUACAUUUUCAAUGAAAAUGUCGUUAUAUUACUUCAGUUUUUCAUUUUGUUCACGAUAUAUAUAACUGAGAUAAUAAGAACCUUCGUAUUGCUAUAAAAGAUUUAAUUGUCGCCGAUUGUCAAUAAUAUCUAGAGGUCUGAACCCCUGGCAUGAACCAUUAUCGAAUCCGAAUAGUUUGCGAGUGCGAAAUGUCCAUGUCAAAUUUUGUAUGGAAACUUGAACAGCAGUGCCACAAAAUACGAAACGAGAAAUAAAAAUCAGUACACAUUUGACAAUGACAUUUCGGACUCGCAAACAUUAUGAAUUUGAUAUUGGUUCGUGCUGAGGGUACUUGCUCUCAAUAUUAUAUAUCUCAGUUAUUUUAAAUCAUUCAUUAAUUUAUUUUGCUCUAUGUGGAUCAGUUGGUCUUUAGAACAAACAGAUUGGGGCUUACACUUUUUGCAUAAUUAGAAGUAUUUAAUUCAAUUUAUUGCACUCAUGUAGUUACAUGGAUGGUUACAAGUUACAAAAUGCAUAAAGUACCUAACAUGAACCCUGUCAGGGUAUCGCAAUAUAGAUAAAAAUUACAAAAGAGAAUUUAACAAAUAAACAAUUAUCUAUAUCAAGAACCUAAUUUUUAUUAAACAACUUUUUUUUCUCAAAGCAUGCAUAAUUGCCAUCUGAUUUUAUUAAUUUUAUAACUCACUCAAUUGAUCUUAUUUACAGUACUCGUUUAAUUUUGUAAUUAUUAUUAUGGAUAUUCGUUUAUUAAAUUAAAUUUGUCAAUAAUUAAAAUUAAUAAUAUAUGUCAAUAAAAAUUAAUAACUAUGUCAAUAAAAAUCAAAUAAUAUGUCAAUAAACAUGAUUAUAAUAAUCUAGGUUUGUAUUUUAAAGAUCGCCUCAUUAACAUUAUUUUGUUGAAAAGUAUUCAUCUAUGGUGUAAUCAAUCAUAGAAGGAUUAUUUAUUUAGAUGAAGUAUAUGAAGUACUUGUUAUGUAAAAGACUUUACGACUAGUUUUGUGACUAACGAUUACCAUUAGUAUGUAAUAUAAAUGACAUACCUGGAAUAAUUGGCUCCCCCGAGAACUAUAGGCACCGUAUCAUGCUGAAGUGCAUAGAUAAUUUUUUCUGUUACAUAAUCUUCACUUAGAGCAUUUUCAAAAGCCAAAUAAAAGUAAUAAUUCCUUUGCAACAUUUUGAGGCAUUUAGGCAUUUGUUCCACGGGACAGUCGUAUUCACCGCAUUUUCCGUAAAUAUGAAUCAUUAGAUUGUAUCUUUUUAAAUGUUUUUGCAAUUUUUCAACGUAUUCUUCUCUCAUACUUGAUGAAACACAGCUAGAUACAAACCAAGCUGCGGCUCUGUUUUUAGUUUUGAGUCUUGUUUUGAAGCCUUCGUCGAUGUCAACCAUUGCAUCUUGACUGAGCCAGUUUAUAUUUUUACUGGGUCCAAUGAUAUGAUUAGUGAAGUUUCGUAUAGCAAAAUAUCCCCAUAAUGCAUCUGAAUCUAGUUUGUAAGUCCAAGUCCAAUUGAAAAAUUCAUUCCACACUUCAGUACAUAUAGGAUAAUUUGCGGCCGAUUCUAUAUUAGCGUAUACGUAUUUUUGUGAUAGCGAACGUCGUAACGGUAUGUUCUUAUGCGCUAUCAUUUGCGAUAUUUGCGGUCCAUUAAAUGCUAUAACUUCGAAUUCAGUUACAUCUCCAAGAUAACCGGGGUUAUUGGUUACAAAACAAUUUUUCCACUCGCAGUUCUUUUUCACAAACACAGAAUUACCUUUUUCCAAAUACACAAAGGGAGACGCAGAUGCUCUUGUCCACAAAAGUAUGUAUUUAGUUUUAUUUUGAAAAGUGAUUAACGAAUAAUUAACUUUGUCCAUCGGUUGGCGUUUCACUCGAACAAUUUCCAAAUUAUUACGAAUGUCAAUAAUGAAAAUGUAAUUCAGUAUAAGCAGAAUUAUUAUGAAUAUACAAAAACCUUUUCCUAGUGUUCUUUUUCUUAUAAAGGGAUGAAAUGUCAUAAUGAACCUAUGAGCAAACUUGUAAUGCAACACAGCUCUUAUGCUGAAAUGUAUGAAUACUUAGAUCGAUUUGUAUUCAAGUUUGUAAACAAUAGGAGUUUGUGCUUGUAUUGAUUGUCUUAUUGUUGGUAGAUGCCUUUCCUGAAGAAUGACAAUAGAAAUGCAGUU